AUGUGUCAAGAUUCAGAAACCAGAAUGCUUGAGAUGCAAGCUUAUGGUUGCAUCAGCAGUACAGGUUUCCUUCCAAAGCACUUGGAAGAAUGGCGAGGAUUUACUACAAAUCCUGUACAAUUGUUGGAGCAGGGCAUUGAGUGCCAGUCUGUCAAUUCUGUCAUGGUGAAUAGCACAAAGGUUCUUUUCAGUAUAAAGCUCAUAUCGAACCUUACAGGAACUUUGCUAAGAGUAUCAAGCGUUGAUCCACUCAGAACAGAGUUAGUUAACGCCUUGAGUUCAAAUUCUUCUCAAACCAUGUUGAUGCUUUUAACAUUCUCUAUCUUUCUAAAUCAAGCAUCUGUAAGCGCUUUUGAUCCUAUAAGUUUCUCUUUCCCGUCUUUUAAUUCUAAUAGUUGUGAUGAAGGUGGAGACCUCAUCUGUUCAGGUUCUGUUGUGGCUGGUGAUGGAUAUUUGGAUAUCACCCCAAGGGCUCUAGAUAAUGGCAGCUUAAAUUCCGUGCCAACAAAUACUGUUGGUCGUGUUCUGUAUAAGUAUCCUGUUCUUGCCUGGCCGGCAGGUUUCUCCACUACCUUUGAUGUUAGGAUAUCGACGAACCCAAAUGCAACAGGUUUCGGUGAGGGAAUGACAUUUAUCAUGGCACCUGACAGUAGUCCUUCGCCAGCCAACAGCCAUGGGUCGUUUUUAGGUUUCCUCAAUCGAAGUACUGAAGGUACCACAGUUCAGCAACUAGCUGUGGAGUUGGACACUUUCCAGAACAAUGAGUUUGACCCUGACGACAACCAUGUUGGGAUAGACACAGUGAGCAUAAAAUCUGUUGUGACAUCCAGUCUCAACAACAUUGGUGUGAAUCUCAAAAGUGGAAGAUGGGUAAAGGUUAAGAUCGACUAUGAUGGGUGGGGGGAGAAACUCCAAAUUUCAGUGGCAUAUGCUGGCUCCCUUCUAGUGUCUGUUCUCAGUCUUUCAAUUAAAAUGUCAAAAACAGUUCCAAAUUGGGUUUAUGUGGGAUUUACAGGCUCCACUGGGCUUGUGUUAGAGUCGCAUCAGAUUCUUAACUGGGUUUUCACUUCGGUCCCAUUACCAAAUUAUCCUACAAUUCAUGAUCCUAACAGCAAUCACAAGAUAAAAGAUAUUCUUGUAAUAAUCUUUCCUGUCCUGACUGGUGUGUUGCUGUUGGCCAUAUGCACGUAUGGAGUGGUAAAAACUUGCCGGCCAAAAUGCGUGGAUAACUCAAAGGAAGAAGACAUCGAGAGUAGGUCUCGGGUUGCUGCGAAUGGCCCCAAGAUUUUUAGUUUUAAGGAACUGUCAAAGGCCACAAAUAACUUCAGCAAAGAGAACUUAGUGGGGACUGGAGGCUUUGGGAGUGUUUAUCGUGGCAUCAUAUCGGACUCGCACUCCACCGUAGCUGUCAAGAAGAUAUCAGCAGCUUCAAAACAAGGUGAGCGGGAGUAUUUGGCGGAGAUAUGCACUAUUGGACGCCUAAGGCACAGAAACCUCGUACAACUUCUAGGUUGGUGUCAUGAACAUCAUCAACUCCUCCUUGUCUACGAGUUCAUGCCUAACGGUAGCCUUGAUCGCUUCAUAUGCAAUGGCUCCCUGGACUGGCACACUAGAUACAAGAUCUUAACAGGGUUGGCAUCAGCAUUAUUGUAUCUCCACAAAGAGUGUGGUAAUGCUGUUGUUCAUCGCGAUGUUAAGCCGAACAAUGUGAUGUUAGAUUCUGAGUAUAAUCCCCAUUUGGGUGACUUUGGGUUAGCAAGAUUACUCCCAGAUGAAGCUUCAUUGACAACAAAUGUUGCUGGCACUCUUGGAUAUUUAGCACCAGAAUGUGGUUAUACUGGCAAAGCAACAGUAGAAUGUGAUGUCUUCAGCUUCGAAAUUGUCGUACUUGAAGUUUUGUGUGGAAGGAGAUGUAUCAGUACAAUGGAGGAAAAAAGCUUAGUCGAUCAUGUUUGGGGUCUCCAUGGAAAAGGUGAAUUGCUGCAGUGUGUGGAUCCAAAGCUUAAAAACAACUUCAAUCAAGAUGAAAUGUUAACUGCUUUAUCUAUUGGCCUCGCGUGUUCACAUCCAGAUCCAUCUUCACGGCCUAAUGUUCGUAAAGUUGUUCAGCUUUUCAGGAACCCAAAUGAACCUCUGAUGGAUUUGCCAAAGUUUAGAUCUAACUCUGGUUAUCUACCUAGCAACUCUGUCUCUUCUGUCUCUACAACAAACCUUUUGGGGUUAAGCAGUCAUCCAGUAUGGCAGGUGAUGUAAGUUGGACAUACCUCAAAUUUCCCAAGUCCUAUCAUAGUAUUGUUUUUUACGGUUACAUUUUAUUUUCUGCAAUUUGUAUGUUAUGAUGAUUCUUGAGUAAAACAUAAAUUUUUGAAGGGAAAAAGGUGUGUGAAAAUAGAUUUGCAGAAAGUUAUUCUUCAAUAGUACAUAAUAUUUUGUCUCACCAGAUAAGCAUUAUUACCAUUUGUUACCUGCAGAUAAGAUUUUUUCUUCGUGUGUUUUCUGCAUUAAAACUCUUGUAAUUUCCAAUCCUGAUUCCUGAGACGGCAAACACCUCAACUGCUAGACAAUAUCAGAUAGGAUGUCCUGUAAUCGAAAUUGAAGGGCAUCUUAUUUUUUGGCAUUACAGGAAGAGGAUCUGCCGUCCAGUGUCCUUAAGAUGCCAUAGUUUGCAGUUUUAAAUUGGCCUAAUCAAUAUCAGUUGGUUA